AUGGAUCAAAUAUUGGAGAGGCUUGCUGGACAUGAGUACUACUGUUUCUUGGAUGGAUACUCAGAAUACAACCAGACUGUAGUGGAUCCCAAAGCCCAAGAGAAGACUUCUUUCACUUGCCUUUAUGGUGUUUUUGCAUAUAGAUGUAUGCCCUUUUGGUUUGUGCAAUGCACCUACCACAUUCCAAAGGUGCAUGCUGUUCAUUUUUCUGAUAUGAUUGAGAAGUUUAUUGAGGUUUUCAUGGAUGACUUUUCAGAUUUUGCUAUUGGUGUUGUUUUAGGACAAAGGAGAGACAAGCUAGUGCAUGUCAUCUACUAUGCUAGCAAGGUUCUUAAUGAAGCCCAAAGGAACUACACCACCACAGAAAAAGAACUUCUUGCUAUAGUUUUUGCUUUUGAUAAAUUCAGAUCAUAUCUCAUUGGUUCUAAAGUUAUUGUGUUUACUGACCAUGGAGCUCUCAAAUACUUGUUAACCAAACAAGAAUCCAAGCCUAGACUGAUAAGAUGGAUCCUACUACUCCAAGAAUUCAACAUUGAAAUCAAGGACAGAGGUGGGGCAGAAAAUAAGGUGGCUAACCACCUAUCAAGGAUACCACAUGAGGAGAAUGAAGCACACAGCCCUGGGGUAAAUAAAAGCUUUUCAGAUGAUCAAUUGAUGAUGAUUCAAGAGGCUCUAUGGUUCGCAAAUAUAGCCAAUUUCAAGGCCAUUGGAGAGCUACCUUCCAACAUCAACAAACACUUGAAAAGGAAGCUCAUCAAUGAUGCUAAGUAUUACAGUUGGGAUGAGCCUUACCUCUUCAAGAGGUGUGCUGAUGGGAUUCUGAGAAGAUGCAUCUCUCAUGAGAAAGGACAAGAGGUUCUUUGGCAUUGCCAUGGAUCCAUCAAUGGAGGACAUUUUAGUGGAAAAAGGAUUGCGGUCAAAGUGUUGCAGUGUGGAUUCUUUUGGCCUACAAUAUUCAAGGAUGCAAAGGAGUUUGUAACAAGGUGCAAUGAGUGUAAAAGAGCUCGCAAUUUACCCAAGAAGAAUGAAAUGCCACAAAGAUUCAUCAUGGAAUUAGAGUUGUUUGAUGUUUAG